ACCAAGUGGACAGACUGGUCUUUGACAUUAAAUGUGUCCAGUGCCUUUAAAUAAUAUAAAUGUUUAUUAUAAGUUAAUUCCCAAGUUACAAAGCAAUUAACUUCUGGUGGACGAAACGUUAUCUUUUACUGAUUGUUCUUCGAGUACUUUGGUUCAAAACUGUGACGAAGCCUGGGGACAUGUGGACGUAUACCGCUACGGAUACGUCUGUUGCUAAGGGUGUUGCUAAGGACCUUAAACGCAUGGUGACACUGAAAUAUAGCUCUAGCCGCCAAUUCCAAAAUAACCUCAAAAGAAUUCAAUUUGCCGAACAAUGCAACGAGGGACCCACAGUAUACCUAUGGCUUUGGCAACAAGUUUCACAUUCUAUUAGGCUUGAUACAAGCUGAACUAUUUUGAGGUAACAGAAUACUAGUUCGUGGCAAUUAAAUUUCCAAGGGAGUGAAAUAAAAUUCUUGCAUUCUCUCAGAAUAUUAUUCCGUACAAGUUUGCUGUAAAAAAGAAAGACAAAUAACUAAUGCCAUGACCGAAUAGUUGAGAGGUCAGCCCUUUUUAUUGCUAAAGUCACGCCUAAGUCUUUGCUAAAUUAUAACAAAUAAUUUGUUAAGUUACUUCUUGCGACAAUGCUCUUUAUUGCAUGGGAUUUUAAUUUUUCAACAUUGAAUACAUUGAAACCAACGCAGCGUUCACUAGUAGUCAAGACACAGUCUCUGCCGAUUUAAUUUUAAUCCCAUUGGAUAUGCUAUAAAUAGGAAAGGUAAUGAGUAACACACCUUUACGUCGAUAUAUACUAGACUUGCUUAGAGCCUUGUUCUUUCUUAACCAUUAUCAACCAGCCUAAGGCACCUAGAUUAAUGAUAUCAAAGAGCGGUGUAGAAGAUGUUCCGUGAUCAAGACGGAUCAAUAAGAGCCCUGAUUGAAAUACAGCAUAGAUUGCUUGGUGUAGUCAAACCCUAAGAUUGCCGCCAAGCUUUUGAAUUACAGCAUAGGUUGCUUGGUGUAGUCAAACCCAAGAGUGCCGCCAAGCUUUUGAAUUACAGCAUAGGUUGCUUGGUGUAGUCAAACCCAAGAGUGCCGCCAAGCUUUUGAAUUACAGCAUAGAUUGCUUGGUGUAGUCAAACCCAAGAGUGCCGCCAAGCUUUUGAAUUACAGCAUAGGUUGCUUGGUGUAGUCAAACCCAAGAGUGCCGCCAAGCUUUUGAAUUACACUCAUAGAUUGCUUGGUGUAGUCAAACCCAAGAGUGCCGCCAAGCUUUUGAAUUACAGCAUAGAUUGCUUGGUGUAGUCGAACCCUAAGAUUUUAUGCAAGGGCCACACUGGGCAUGACCACUUGUUGGCUACUUUUUUGAUAGUUCAGUUACACACGGUUUAGUUGCAUUGGGUUCAGUGUGCAGAGGCAGUCCAUCAUAUUGGGACUCUGUGUCAUUCAGAUUGAGAUUGCGUAUUUGAACGGGCUGUGUUUGCUGGACUCUGGAACUAUGGUCGACUGGGAAGAGUUUCAGAGAAAGGUUCUGACGUUGCCUCGUAUCGACCCAGCUGAGGGUGAGAAUCUUGAGUACUUCUAUAAAGGAGUAUGUGUAUCAAAAGGCGUUCCAAAAGAAGUCCUGAUCGACCUGGAGACGUUUGAAGUCCGCAAUGAUGAUAUCUACCUCAUUACUUAUCCCAAAUCAGGUACGACCUGGAUGCAACAAAUGAUCAGUCUGAUUAUCAAUGGAUGCGAUGCAGAAGAACACAAAAAUCUCCACGUAUUUUUUCGAUUCCCAUUUCUGGAAAAUAUUUGGGUUAGUCAUCACUCACAGAUUGGCCUAAUACCACCAACGCAUACUCUACUGAACAAAAUGCCAUGUGACAAACCGAGAUUGAUUAAGACACAUCUUCAACCAAACUUACUACCGAAACAAAUGUUUGAGAAGACUCCAAAAGUGGUGUACGUCGCUCGCAACCCAAAGGAUGUAGCCGUGUCAUACUACUACAUGCAUCAAUUCGAUACAUCAAUGCAGACCUAUGCUAGCUGGGACAAGUUCAUCGAGAGAUUUCUUAAUAAAAGUGUUCUGGGCGGUGACUGGUUUCAGCAUAAUUUAUUCUGGUGGAAUAGAAGACACGACCCAAAUGUCCUCUUCAUUAAGUAUGAAGACAUGCAGAGGGAUCAACGGAGUGCUGUUCAAAUGACUGCAAAUUUCCUUGGCCGGACUCUUACAAAUGAUAUGUUAGAUAGAAUUGAUGAUUUGUGCCGCUUCCAGAACAUGAAAAGGGAUCCUGCAGUCAACCCAGAUCUGGUGUUACAGUUUAGAGGCGAGGACAAAGAUAGUAUGUCAAGCCCAGAUCUGCCGACAGAUUCGUCAUUUAUGAGAAAAGGUCAAGUUGGAGAUUGGAAGAACCACCUUACAGUUUCUCAGAAUGAGACGUUUGAUGCUAUUUACCACAAGGAAGUACACGGAACAAAUUUGAAAUUGGACUUCGAGUUGUAGUUUAUCUGUUCAACGUUUUGAACUAUUCUUACUUGUGAGAUGCGACAGCGGUAACAAAUACAAUGUUCUUUGUUCCUCCGAAAUCAUUUUAUUCCCUCAAAACAGGAUUUUGUAUUCACAAACAAAUAUUUUAAGGGGACGAAAUGUUAUUUAGCAGGAACAAAUAAUAAACUUUAAGGCAACUACAAAAUAUUGAGAGAAAACUUAAUAUUAUUAUCAAUCUUAGCUGUUUUCUGAAAUCGGCCCAUGUUCCACCCUAUUAAUGCGAAAGCAAAAGUGAAGCAAAUUGUCACGGCGCGUACCGAUUAUCUUGUCACCAAAAUUCGCUUUCGCGUAAAUGGACAGGACAUGGCUAAUUUCAUAAAGCUGCAUAUAACACCAGAGUAGCUAAGCAUAAAACAAUUAUCAGAACAACAUUACAAGCAAAACUACCAUGUAACAUGUACAAUUUGUAACUGGUACCAGGGUCUGCUUACUGGUCUGCUUAUACUGGUCGCUGCCAAAUAGUGUCCAAUGAGCAUGCGACGUUGACGCAGGACACUUUUUGAUCCGAUACUUUCCAAAUAGUGUCCAGUUCCAAAUAGUGUCCACUGUCCAGGUGAAAUAGACAAGAAUGCUUUAAGCAUUAUUCUUAGGGGCGUUUUAUUUGCAGCUUUGUUUCAAAACUAGGACAUACAAUCUCGCCACGAUGUGAGAAAGAGCUCCUUUAAAGACACAUUAAUAAACAAAACAUUUUAAAAAGAUAAAGCCAUUAUGACAAUAUACCACUAUAUGACGUCUUGUUGAUAUUAUUGGCAGAAACCACUAUUGGCAAGGCUCAGUAUACAUUGUGACGUCAUGGACGCAUGACCUAUUAUAAUGUAUAUCACAAUAUGCUAAUGAGCGGACACUAUUUGGCAGCGGAUACUUGUUGGCAUGACCCCUGGCUUUUUUUUUUAAAUAACCAAUACCUGUAUUACCAUUAUCCCUUUAACACCCAAAACUAAAUUUUAAUUUUGGGCGUUAAAGGACAGGUAUAAUUGCAUUGUUGGCAACACUAUAGGGCUGACAAUCCUUUGAGUUGAUGGGCACUGUUAAUAUUAUUCUAGUCAAUGACUUACAAUGUUGUGAUACGUACAAUCUACAAUGCGCAGUUUACUGUAAACAAAAGAGUGUAAUGCGGACAAGAAUAGUGUAACCUACAUGUGAAUGUAACCAAACAAGUGUAAUGCGUGUAUUGUGUACAUAUUAUGUAAACAAUGUGUAGUCCUACUGUAUACAUCGUCCCCCAACAAUGUAUACCUGUGCUUGGUUAAAGUCAGAGUAACGUGUUAUAGAUAUAUAGGAAAGGUAUUGGAAAAAAAAACAUAAACAAAUGAACUCAAGUGUGAAAGUACAAAAUAGAACAGUGUUUGUGAUUUGUGCAGUGUAAUUUUCCCUCACUCCUGCUAUUCAGUAACAAAUUUCCCUUCAGAGGGACACGUUGCCUUGGAUCAGUCGAGUUGGUCCAUGAAAAGCUUUUGAAACUGUUUGUUAUGAAAUCGAUAUGGUUAGGAAAAUGUUUACGCGCAAGGAUUUAGAUCUUGCAAAAGGCUAAGAGAACUGUUUUCAGUUUAAAGAUACAUUAUGUAAGCAUACAUCCUGGUACAGUUUCACUGCUAUCCAUAUCCCAUGGAAGAGUCACAGAAACACAAUCAUCUAAUGACGUCACAUCAUGCCACCAGAAUGGGGGCAUGUACAAAAGUUCCCCUGGUUGUAAAGUACAUGUAUAGGGUUGUACAUCCUUCAACCUAGGAAAUCGUUUAUCUUCUUCUGCAUAAACUUUCCUGAGAUCUACUCGGCUUGUGUGAGCACGCUCUGAAUAACUCACAUGAGGAUAUAAGUUGGGUGUAUCCUCAUGUGAGAAGAGAAUGAGCUCUUUGCGACCAACAAUUUGCGCGAGUAAACCAUGAUUGCGAUCGUAGUGUAGUGGUGUAACAUUUCCUUUUGUUCCAACCCAAAGCUGCAUUGUAGGCUGAUUAAAGAUACGGGACUGCAAAUUUUGCCAGGAAGUUUCCAUCAGAGACACAUUUGGACAAUGUGGCAGUUUCUGUUCAAUUUUAGCUGAAUCUUCAAGUUCAAUACUAGCUGAAUCUUCAUCAUGGACAUCACAUGAUAUCAUUUGUUCCCAUGCAGAGAGUCCUUCAUCAGGACUACAUAAAGCAGACUGCUCUGUGCGUUCAUUAACAUUUCCAGUUUUAGUCGGACACUGAGCUUCCACUGCUCUAUUCAUUCCUGUGUUUUCGUCUUCAUUAAAACAAAAUACAUCCAAGAGUGACUUAACCUGAGCAGGAAUAUUAAUAUCGUUGAAUAAGAUGUCUGGCAUUGAAUGGGUCCUCAAGUAAAACCGCUGUUUCUCAGACUGCUCUUGGUGGUCAAAUACAAGGUUGAGAAAGUCUUUAGGGGUAGUGUUUACUGUUUGUACUACCUCAGGGUUAUUUAUAAACAACUUGUUGUCAAUGGAGGAAAACACUUGAAGGUCACCAUUUGGACAGGUUUGUUCGAGGGCCUCUUGCAGAUAAGAAGUUGUCCAUUUUGUUACUGGCAACCAAUCAGAAAUGAUUUUUGUUAAAAUGAUUGGAUGUUUGUUUCUGUAUCUCUGUUUGAAAGAGCUAGGCCUGAGAUGCUCUACACGAGUAAUUGGCACAGGCUUGUUUACAAACUCAAAAGGCAUGAUGUGAUAUGUAAUCACUUAAAAACCAAACACAAACUCCAGUAGUCAGUAGCUAGUAGAUCAACUUUGUAGUUCUCUGCUCAUCUUCCAUUUUUGUAAUUUGUCGGCCUCUAGAUUCACGUUUCCUUUGUGGCAGUCUUCUGCUCAGACUUCAUCGAUCGGUGAACCCCACAGCUAGAUUGCCUCACUGAAAUAGAGAAAAAGAAGUGGUAAUAUAUAAGACGAUUCAACUUAGAUAACGCAAGAGCCAACAGUUAAGAAUAUGCAAACCGUAUCCUGAUUCUGGCUGUAUAAUAAAAUAUGAUCCGAUACCCGA